UGCCGUUGUAUCUCCGCUCCUCUCCCUCCCCUCCUUGGGGCCGAUCGCCAGGGGACCUCCAAGGGUCCGGGGUUGUCCUUGUUCCUCCGGCGUGUGCCGAGCCAAGGGUACCUCUCGGUGCGGGCAGAGAUGCUGUUCCUGGCGGGGAUGUGAUCGCAUAGCAACACAGCAGCGGGGCGCUGGCGGAGGAGAGGCGGCGGGCGCAGCGCUCAGCCUCAGCAUGCAUCCCUGUCACUGGCACCUCUCUGCUGAUUCACAGCCCCUGCUCCCGACGCACGGCUGCUGCCCGCGUUCCAGACCCGGCGGACUCGGAAGGUGCUGGCGCCCGAGGCCGUCUCCAUCCCCAUGAGCAUCGGCUCUGAUGCAGCCCCUGGUGAUGCAGGAAUGGCCUUACGUCCUCCCACCAUGUCCUGAGUGGCACGGCGCGGCCCCGGCGCGGCACAGCGGCGCUGCCCACCCGCUGCCCCAGGUUAAAGGCUCUCAGGAUGGCGCGGGACCUUCGUGUGUAAGCCCCCAGGCUCCCAGCAGUGUUGCUGGGCCCCAGAACCCUCUGGAGAUGAAUCUUUGUUGGAACGAGAUCAAAAAGAAAUCCCACAGCCUUCGGGCUCGGCUGGAGGCCUUCUCCGACCACAGCGGGAAGCUGCAGGUGCCCCUGCAGGAGAUCAUCGACUGGCUGGGGCAGAAGGAUGAGGAGCUGUCGGCACAGCUGCCCCUGCGCGGGGACGUCCUGCUGGUGCAGCAGGAGAAGGAGACGCACGCGGCUUUCAUGGAAGAGGUGAAGUCCCGGGGGCCAUAUAUUUACUCUGUCCUGGAGUCAGCACAGGCUUUCCUUUCCCAGCAUCCAUUUGAGGAACUGGAAGAGCCAACUUCAGAAAGCAAAGAUGUCUCUCCCCGGCACCGCAUCCAGAACAUCAGCCGCUUUGUCUGGAAGCAGGCGAACGUGGCCAGUGAGCUGUGGGAGAAGCUCACGGCCCGCUGCGUGGACCAGCACCGGCACAUCGAGCGGACGCUGGAGCAGCUGCUGGAGAUCAAAGGGGCCAUGGAGGAGCUCAGCACGACGCUGGACCAGGCUGAAAGUGUGCGUGAGACCUGGGAGCCCAUCGGGGACCUCUUCAUCGACUCCUUGCCAGAGCACAUCCAGUCGACCAAGCUCUUCAAGGACGAGCUCUCUCCCAUGAAGGACGGGGUGAAAGUGGUCAAUGACCUGGCACACCAGCUCGCCAUCUCGGAUGUCCACCUGUCCAUGGAGAACUCCCGCACUCUGGAGCACAUCAACACGCGCUGGAAGCAGCUGCAGGCCUCCAUAAACGAACGCCUGAAGCAGCUCCAAGAUGCCCACCGGGACUUCGGGCCGGGCUCCCAGCACUUCCUCUCCUCCUCCGUCCAGGUGCCCUGGGAGCGAGCCAUCUCCCCCAACAAAGUGCCGUACUACAUCAACCACCAGGCCCAGACAACGUGCUGGGACCACCCCAAGAUGACGGAGCUGUACCAGACGCUGGCGGAUUUGAACAACAUCAAGUUCUCGGCGUAUCGCACGGCUAUGAAGCUGCGGCGGGUGCAAAAGGCCCUGCGAUUGGACAUGGUGACCCUGGCCACAGCCCUGGAGAUCUUCAACGAGCACGACCUGCAGCCCAGCGACCGGGCGAUGGACGUGGUGGAGGUGAUCCACUGCCUGACCGCCCUCUACGAGAGGCUGGAGGAGGAGCGGGGCAUCCUGGUGAACGUGCCGCUCUGCGUCGACAUGAGCCUCAACUGGCUGCUCAACGUCUUCGACAGCGGCCGCAGCGGGAAGAUGAGGGCCCUCUCCUUCAAGACGGGCAUUGCGUGUCUGUGCGGGACGGAGGUCAAGGAGAAGUUCCAGUACCUCUUCAGCCAGGUGGCGAACGCCGGGGGCCUGUGCGACCAGCGGCACCUGGGCGUCCUGCUCCACGAGGCCAUCCAGGUCCCGCGCCAGCUCGGGGAGGUGGCGGCCUUCGGGGGCAGCAACGUGGAGCCCAGCAUCCGCAGCUGCUUCCGAUUCAGCCACGGCAAGUCCGCCAUCGAGGCGUCGCAGUUCCUGGAGUGGGCCAACCUGGAGCCGCAGUCCAUGGUGUGGCUGGCCGUGCUGCACCGCGUCACCAUGGCCGAGCAGGUGAAGCACCAGACCAAGUGCUCCGUCUGCCGGCAGUGCCCCAUCAAGGGCUUCAGGUAUCGGAGCCUGAAGCAGUUCAACGUGGAUAUCUGCCAGACCUGCUUCCUCACCGGGCGAGCCAGCAAGGGCAACAAGCUGCACUACCCCAUCAUGGAGUACUACACCCCGACCACCUCCAGCGAGAACAUGCGGGACUUUGCCACCACGCUGAAGAACAAGUUUCGCUCCAAGCAGUACUUCAGCAAGCACCCGCAGAGAGGAUACCUGCCUGUCCAGUCGGUGCUGGAGGCUGACUUCUCCGAGACCCCAGCCUCCUCCCCGAUGCUGCCGCACGCUGACACCCACUCCCGGAUCGAGCACUUUGCCAGCAGGCUUGCGGAGAUGGAAAACCAGAACUGUUCCUUCUUCAGCGACAGCCUGUCCCCCGAUGAUAGCCUGGACGAGGACCAGUACCUGCUGCGCCACUCCAGCCCCAUCACGGACCGAGAGCCCGCGGGCAGCCAGCAGGUCCCAGGAAGCCUGCCCAUGGAUGACAAGGGGGAGCUGGAGCGCAUCCUGGCCCACCUGGAGGAUGAAAACAGGAUCCUCCAGGGAGAGCUGAGGCGUUUGAAAUGGCAGCACGACGAGGCCGUGGAGUCCCCGACCUUGGCUACGGGCUCCCCCGAGCUGGUGCAAGACCCCCGCAACGACGAGCUCCUGGCGGAAGCACGAAUCCUCCGGCAGCACAAGAGCCGCCUGGAGACCCGCAUGCAGAUCCUGGAGGACCACAACAAGCAGCUGGAGUCCCAGCUGCACCGGCUCAGAGAGCUGCUGCUGCAGCCCCCGGCAGAGUCAGAUGGCAACGGCUCAGCAGCAUCUUCCCUGGCUUCAUCCCCGCACCAGUCCGAAGGCAGCCACGCAAAGGAGAAGGGGCACAACACCCCCGACACCGAAACUGCAGAUGAGGUGGAGGCCAAGACACAAGAGGUCAGCGUGUGCCUGGAGGACAUCAUGGAGAAGCUGCGGAGCGCCUUCCCCAGCUCUCGAGGUACUCGAGCGAAAUCCCCCUCUCUGGCCUCCUACUGCUCCCUCAGAUGAGGUUUCCCGGCGGAGCCCUGCCCCGAUCCCACCCUCCCCGCGAUGGCUGAUCCCCCCCAGCGCCCACGGCCAAGAGCGCGGCGGCUGCAGUGCUGCAGGCACUGGCGAGGAUGAGGAGGAGCUCUCCUAGCUGCAAGGACAGGCGGCCAGAGCUGCACAGAGGACAGAGCAGAUGAGUCCUGGAUGAGCUCCCUGCUGCGAAGGCAGACAGACCGAUGGCAGCAAGGCUGCAGCCACCACCUUGAGCCACCUCCGCCCAUCUCUGGAGAGGUGGAGGCCCCGCUUACCCGGCAGAGCAGCAGCAGUGGUGUGAGCUCUCCUGGCUCUGCCCGCAGGGAAGGUGACCGGGGAUGCUCUGUGACCGCAUGCUCAGCACCAUCCCUCACCCGUGUGUGCGCCCAGGGAGAUGUCACCCGGUGCCAGCUCUAACCCGGGGUGCUGCCCUCUCCCACCCAGCCCCUUGCCCGCUUUCUGCCACCCCUGAGCAAUCCCCUUCUAACCAGCUGGCCCCAGGCGCUGUUCUGCUGACCUCUCUGUCUCUCUUCCAGGUAUGACCUCCCUUAUCUAACACCUCCCAUGAGCCAGAGGCUUUUCCUAACCAGCUGCCUGGCUGCUUUCCCUCCUCCUCCUCUCCCCGCCGUGCUCCCCGUGCUGCGGCAGGCUCCCUCGCUCAGGCAGGACGCUUGCCAGCUGCAGGAGAUCUCAGGGGAACUUCGGCCAUGUGGGAGCGGGGCUGUGGGCUCCCCGGGGGCCGGCUGGGUUGCUCGGCCACAGCAUCCAGGCUUGGACUCGUUGGACUGCACGGAAAGGCUUGGAAGAAAGAGCUGAAGGGGUGGAAGCUGCGUGUGUCCCCUGGCACUCGCAGGGCACAGAGCUCAGCAUCCCGCUCCUCUCCAGUUCUGCCUGGGGUCCUCCAGGUUGGUGGGCACUGAAAUGCUCCUGCAGCCACCAAACAGCCUCCUGGGGUGUAAAUGAACUCCUAACAGCUCCCAGCUGCCCGCCUUACGGAUCGGAUGCUGCUGCCCCACGCUGCGGCCAGCGGGGCACGCGCUGCCGGGGGGAGAGGCUGCCAGGUUGGUGGGGUAGGGGCGAGUCCACAGCAGAGCUUCAGCCCAGCUAGUAGCCUUAUCUUGAGAGGAUCUUUAUAACAGAGCCUUAUCGUUUAAUUUGCAUAUAUUUCUAUAUAUUAUAUAUAUAUUCUGUACUUAAAUACUCUCACGGACUCACGCCAUUAAACCCUAACACGAAGUGUAGUUGCACUUCCCUUCCAGCCCAGCUCCCUCUCCUGCGGGAUCCUUCCCCGCGCUGCCCUGGAGCAGGGUGCUGCUGGUGGCAGUGGCUCGUGGCCCCUCAGGCUCCCCCGGGCCGGCUGUCUCGGGCUGCGUUACGUCGAGAAAGCUGCGGAGUCAGGUGCUGUGGGUGCCCCCGGGGCGGGAGAAGGGCUGGGAUGGCCCCGCUGCUCCGGGGUGGUGGAGGGAGGAGAUGCCCACGCCGCCGGGCACGGCAGGGUGCAGGGAAGGCUGCGUGUCGGUGUGUCCCUGCCCAGCAGCCGAGCUGCAGGGACAGGGCUGUUGGCUGUGGGGGAUGUGCUGGUGGGCUCUUUGGGGAGGCUGGGACUGAGGCAGGGACCAGGGGUAUGUUUGCCACGAUGGCAGCGGUGCCCAUAUCGUGGAGUGCUAAGGGUGCUCGGUGCCGACAUCCUGGUGGCAGCGGGGUGAGCUGGUGGUGGUGGCGUUAGGCUGUGGCACGCUGCGUGUGAGCUGUGCCCUAGGGAGGGGACGCUGCCCUGAGUGGGUAAAGCACUGCAGGAACGUGGCGACUUCACGAGAUCAGGGGUCCCCCAGGAAGAAAAGGGCAGGAUUAGGGCAAAUUGGUGCAGAUCCUCGCUGCGGGGAGUGGCAGUGGCUGAGCUGUGUGCCCGGGGAGCCCGGGCAGGCUGGGGCUGUGCUGGGAGGCGGCAGGGAGGGGAGCGGGCUGGCUGAUGCUCUGGUAACCAUGUACUGCGGUGCUGCUGCCCUGGCUGCUUCUCUCCACCUCUGCUCUGGAAAGAGAAUAAAUUUGUAUUUAUACUGGGA